AUGAAGCUCUCCAGCCUCGUUGUUAUUUCCGCCGCCACAGCUGGUCGAAUCGACAAAUGCAACAACAUCAUUUCCUUUUUGGAAACUCAGGGGAUCUCCGCUGAAAACAGGGUCCACAGAAGAAUUCAGGAAUUCAAGGAGGUGCUCUACCCGAUCGUCAAGGAUCGAGCGCAAUUCUGCGGCACCGAAGACGUCAACGAGCGAGUCGAGAUGGAAGAACUCGACGAGGUUGAGCAGAGAAUGACUUUUGACAACGUCGAUAACAAGAUCCAAGUCUGCUUCGACCUCUGGGACGAGUACAUCAACCGGAAACUCCCCGCCGACGCGUGCCCGAAUCUCAACUCGAAAGCAAACCGCAAGCUUCGAAAAUUCACUGAUCAGCUCCAACGAGGCGCUGAAAAAGCCCAGCUCCGAGCUACCGGUCUUUUCCGAUCAGGCCGGCGGCCAAAAUUGACCGAGGAAGAAAAAGCCGUCAGAGAUGAAAAUCGCGAGGCAAAGCAAGCUAGAAAAGCAGAGAAACAAGAGCGAAAACAAACUCGACUUACAGUCAAAGAAGCGAACGAAGCUCAGCGAAAAUUGAAGCAAGACAAAAAGAAGAAGUCUCAGGAUAAGAAACAAGCUUCCCAGGACAAGAAAGCCGAGAAACAGGCGAAAAAGAGCGACAAAGCAAGCAAGCCAAAGAAGAACAAGAAGCCUUCUAAGGAAGAGCCAGUCGUUGAAGAACCAGUUGCUGAGGAGCCAGUUAUUGAUGGGGUUCUCGUAGAAGCUGUUGUUGUUGAGGAGGUCGUCGACGACGUUGUCGUGGAAGAAGAAGCUGCUGAUGAGGAGCCAGUUGCUUACGAAUACGUCUAUGAUGGUGCUGCCAGCUCAAGUGUCGAAGAAACAGUCGCCGAAGCUGCCGCUGAGGAAGCUGCUACCGAAGAAGCUGCCGUAGCAGAAGACGAAGACAAAUCCUCUGAGGACUCCAAAAAGAAGAAAAAGUUUGGCGGUAAAAAGAAGGGCAAGAAGAACAAAGAAGAAUAA